AUGCCUGAUCAGGGCAAAAAGUUGAAGAGCGCAGAAAAAGCAACAGACAAAAGACCUCAUGGGAUCUGUAUGAGGGAUUAUUCUGAUCUUAAAAGACUUCAGUCUCUCUUAAAUGUUCAGUCAAGCAACAAGCAGCUUCCAGCUAUACAUUUUGAAAGUGGUCAAACCAGUGUGACAAGAGCCCAGCAAAAUGUCAAAAGCAGUGAACAAAAACCCCAUGGUCAAUGGCAAGAAUCAACAGAAGCUGUUGAGCUUGAAAACUUUAGUGUGACCUACAAGAAUGAGAGAAAUUUUAGCAAACAUCCCAAACAUAAGCUGUUUCAAGAGAUCUUUACAGCUUUAGUUAAGAACAGACUUACCUGCAGGUCAUGGGUUAAUCAAGCUCCGUCCAUCCAUUUUCUUAGAGUAUUAAUCUGCCUGAGAUUACUAAUAAGGGAUCCAUGCUAUCAGGAAAUGCUCCACAGCUUGGGUGGGAUUGAAAAUCUAGCUCAGUACAUGGAAACAGUAGCAAAUGCCUAUCUUGAUUACGGAGAAGACCAGCAUAAUGUAGACAAGUUGGUCAACAUGACAUACAUUUUCCAAAAGCUUGCUGCUGUUAAAGAUCAAAGAGAAUGGGUUAUAGCAAGUGGAGUACAUAAAACCUUAGUAAAUUUGUUAUCUGCCAGAGACAGCAAUGUGCUUUUGGGUGCCCUCCUUGCUCUAACUAGCCUAGUAGAAAGUCCAGAAUGUAGGGAGAAGAUAAGUGAGCUCACCAUUGUUGAGAACUUGCUGGUGAUAUUGCAUGAAUACGAUUUGCUUUCUAAAAGGCUCACAGCAGAGUUGCUACGUCUUCUCUGUGCAGAGUCACAAGUCAAAGAGCAAGUAAAAAUGUAUGAAGGAGUUCCAGUCUUGCUCAGUUUACUCCAUUCUGAUCAUAUCAAACUUCUAUGGAGUAUAGUUUGGAUUCUGGUACAGCUUUGUGAAGAUCCUGAGACUAGUGUGGAAAUCCGAAUUUGGGGUGGAAUCAAGCAGCUCCUUCAUAUCUUACAGGGGGAGAGAAAUCUUGUUUCUGAUCGCUCUUCAAUUGGGAGUUUAUCUAGUGCGAACGCAGCAGGGAGAAUCCGACAUCUUCAUUUGUCAGAUGAUUUGAGUCCUGAUGAGAUGCAAGAAAAUACUUUCUCACUUCAAGCAGCUUGUUGUGCUGCAAUUACUGAACUGAUGCUCAAUGAGACUAACGCUUACCAGGUAGUACAGGCAAAUGGAAUAUAUAUAAUAGCAAAGCUGAUUUUACCAAACAAAGAAAGGAAUGCUGAAAAAGCUAAUUUAUUACAGUGUUAUGCUUUCAGAGCCCUGAGAUUUCUCUUCAGCAUGGAAAGAAAUCGACAUAUCUUUAAAAGACUUUUCCCUACUGACUUGUUUGAAAUCUUCAUUGAUAUUGGACAUUAUGUGCGUGAUAUCACUGCUUAUGAAGAGUUGGUAUCAAAGCUAAAUUUAUUAAAGGAGGAUGAAUUGAAGCAAAUUGCUGAAAGUAUUGAGAGCAUGAAUCAGAGUAAGGCACCUACAAAACAUAUAGGCAAUUAUGCAAUUUUAGAGCACCUUGGCAGUGGAGCUUUUGGAAGUGUAUAUAAGGUUAGAAAACAUAAUGGACAAAAUCUCCUGGCAAUGAAAGAAGUCAAUUUACACAAUCCAGCAUUCGGAAAGGACAAAAAAGACAGAGACAGCAGUGUAAAAAAUAUUGUCUCUGAAUUAACCAUCAUCAAAGAGCAGCUUUGUCAUCCAAAUGUUGUACGGUAUUAUAGAACAUUCUUGGAAAAUGAUAGGUUGUACAUAGUCAUGGAGCUCAUAGAGGGAGUGCCAUUGGGAGAAUACUUUCACUCUUUGAAGCAAAAGCAACAACAGUUUACAGAAGAAAGAAUAUGGCAUAUAUUUAUCCAACUUUGUCUAGCGCUUCGUUAUUUGCAUAAAGACAAAAGGAUCGUUCAUCGAGAUCUCACUCCAAACAAUGUCAUGCUGGGGGAUAAAGACAAAGUUACAAUUACUGACUUUGGGCUUGCAAAGCAAAAGCAAGAAAACAGCAAACUUGCAUCAGUCGUGGGAACCAUUCUAUAUUCAUGCCCUGAAGUUGUAAAGAGUGAGCCGUAUGGAGAGAAGGCUGAUGUCUGGGCUGCAGGAUGCAUCCUUUAUCAGAUGGCAACUCUGAACCCACCGUUUUACAGCACCAAUAUGCUCUCCUUGGCAACUAAGAUAGUAGGGGCUGUGUAUGAACCUGUGCCGGAAGGACUGUACUCUGAAAAAGUGUCAUUUACCAUUAAGAGAUGCUUGACUCCUGAUGCAGAGGCACGUCCAGACAUAGUGGAGGUCAGCUCACUGCUGUCUGAUGUGAUGAUGAAAUACCUGGAUGUUUUAUCCACCUCUCAUCUCAUGUUGGAGAAGAAACUGGAUCGGGAGAGGAGACGAACCCAGAAGUACUUCAUGGAGGCUAAUCGAAAUGCAGUAACCUAUGACCAUCAGCUUUCCAUUUUAUCACAAAAAAAUUACGAGAAGUUGAGUCUUCAUAGCAGCAGCAGUGGAGCAGCCAGUUGCAAAAGUGAAUUUUCAGAAAAUACUGACCUUCCAGCUGAAAGUUGUCAAUCUGCAUGUGGAAAAGAUGAGGAAAGAACAUAUGAAGAAGUCCUGGUAGAGGAUCACAGCACUUUAGAGAACUCUGAGAAAGAUAUGUUCUCUGAAUUAGAUGAUGAGCUGGAUGUAUUGGACAAUUCAAGCAGCUCCAGUUCAAGUCAUUUGAAAGAGUCUGCUAUUGAUUUGAAGCACAAGAUAACUAGCAUUGAUAAGAAACAGAAGGAAGACUGCGAAAACUUCUGUCUCAGUAAAAAUAAUGCUAUACAAAUGAAUAAAUGGAGUGCCCUGUUAGAGGGUGUAAAAAA